AUGUCUCUCGAGCACCGUACCUACUGGCUGGGAGGUGUUAGCGGAACGUUCAUCCCGACCACUCUAAGUCUGCAAUGUGCACGCGUCGCGUCUAUAGUAGACUUACGGAUAAGAUGCCAAACACUCGACAACAAUGUAUUAUCUACUUCUGCAGCAGUCUCUCGGGUGGCAUUGCCCCAAAAACGGAGUUGUCACUAUCCAGCUCAGAGCAUUGGGCCUGAUCUUGACAUGAUAUCUGUGUCGCACAUCUGUGCCUGUCCAGUUGUCAUAACUCUGCGCCUCAAGAUCUGGUCGCCACAUAAGCACAAAGUCCCUCUCGAGGAGGGAACAAAUGAUUCAAUGUGUUUCUACCGAGGACACAGUGCCGGGCCUGAGUCAGCUGUGCCUCAAGGCUUAACUUCGAACACUGAGGGUGGUGCUGGGGCGAUGUCGAGAUGGAGUAACUGGCCUCUAAGGGCAAACGUCAGCUGUCAUGGGCACAUAACAGUAACUGGGUGUCAGCUAAGGCAACUAACAAGCAUAUACAUGUUAUCUUCGCCUGAUUUGGGCUGGCUGAGCGCCUACCAAGGUGCGUUGAUUGGGCAGUCAACGUCAUCCUUCAAUUCAGAGAGACACGUAAGUGCGUCGUCGUUGGCCUGGGUUCUCUACCUAAUAAUGGGACAACAUUGUUCAGCACCAUGCAAGCAGUUAGUGAACAAGCAUAUGUCUUCUUCAAUCCCAGAUAGGUAUUCCAGUCGUAUCAAACGACAAGGCCACAAACACAGGGUCCAACACCCAGCAGACCAGAACGCAGACCCUGCCUGGGACCUGCUGCAAGAGGCCAAGCGAGCCAAGAGCCAUAUCUCAAGCAGUAGUAGCAGUAGUAGCCGCCCCAAGGCACCCAAUUCAAGGGUCCUGCCCCGUGGCUGCUUACUAGCCUACAAGCCUGACUCGCCGAGGGGUGGCGCCCGUUAUACUUUGCUAGACGGCAGUCUGAUCCUGUCACGCAUUUGUCCAGCGGCAUUACUCGUCCACUACGACCGAGAAGGAAUGAUCUUCUCUGCAGGCUGCGCCGCUGCCUGCGGCAGCAGCAUGGGCGACGCACGAGACCUCCACACUUACAGGGCGCUGGUCGAGAUCAUUCAACGCAGAAGGAAAGCCAAGGGGGGAAGGGAAUUCCGAAACGUCGGCUGCUCCUCCCCUUUCGUUUAUGUCAAAACUCCCUCAUCACGACAUUGCAUUAUCUCUGACGGGAUGAAUGAACGGAUGAGAAGACGCUACGUAGACAUCUUCGGGGGCUUGUGUGCCUUUGCACCGCUUCAUUUUGAGUUAACCCCGAUGAAGGACACACUAGUUAGCAGGGGCAACAGGCAGAAAAAUUUCGAUGCCACGAGCCCUAAGCAAUUGCUCGGCGACGCUAGGUUGGCCCCACUGGGCACCGGAGUAUUCGUAUGCACCUACGGAGUACGUAUCAAGGUGUCAAGGGAAAUGAUUCAAGACGGAGGGUCACGGAAUCAACGUGAUUACGGGGCGGAGUAA